AUGGUCCAAGAAUUAGCAAAGAAUUUUCAGGAAUGUCAGUUUGAACACAUGCCUCGAACGCAAAAUAGAUAUGCUGAUGCUUUAGCUACCAUGGCUUCUAAGGUUGAGGUGUCUGAAACUCAAAAUUUUGUAUGCAAAGUAAUCAAUCAAAAGUGUUCAGUUAUCUUGGGAUACAAAAGAGGAUUUGAACUCGAGGAAUGGCAGCAACAAAUAGUGAAUAAACUUACCGAACCAAAAACGACCAGUUUCAAAGAAAGACGAUAUUUCAUUAUGAUUAAAGAUACACUUUAUCACCAAUCCUUGGAUGGAGUAUUUGCAAGAUGUCUAAGGCAAGAAGAAGCUAUUGCACGAAUGGAGGAAAUUCAUGAUAUUUCUUGUGGGAUAGAGGGCCCUAAAUUAUCAAGAAGGUUGCAAAGAGCGGGGUACUAUUGGGAUAAUAUGGAGGAAGAUGCUGCAAGUUUGCAAAAAGAUUGCCUGAACUGUCAACUCAUAUUUAAUAGCACUAAGGCGAUCUUAAUCACCGAAAUCGAUGACUGGAGGAGGCCAUACCAAGAGUAUUUUCGAGAUAAAGUGACUCCUUGUGAUAAGAAAGAAAAGGAAAAGUUACUAAGACAUAUAAGCAAGUAUUGUUUAAAAGACAACAAUGACCUUUAUCGUAAAGGAUUCAACGGGAAGUUGUUGCGUUGCAUUAGCAAUGAAGAAGCAGAGGAAGUUAUAAAAGAAAUCCACCAUGGGGAUUGCGAUAAUGGUACACCUUUUACGGGAAAAUCGAUGAAGAAUUUAUUAGAAGAUUAUCAAAUUUCCCAUGGAAAGUCAACUAGGUACUACCCACAAGGGAAUGGUAUUGCUGAAGUUUUUAACAAGUUACUAUUGCAAGUUUUGAGUCGUAUGGUACAUGUUAGUCCCGCAAUCUGGCAUGAAUUUGUCCCUCUGGCUCUAUGGGCUUAUCACACUUCAAAACGGGGAUCGACAGGAUUUACACCAUUCUCCUUGGUAUAUGGGUCAGAAGCAGUACUACCUGUGGAGAUAGCUGUACCUUCCGCCAAGUUGUCCAUGGCAGCAGGAAUGGAUGUGCAUCAAGCAAGGCUAGAAGAAUUGGAAUUGGUGGAUGAACUGUGA